AUGAUAUGGGCACGGGUUCGGGAGCUGUGUGGUGAUAAUAUCGUGAGUCGUGUGACGCAACUCGUGAUGAAACUGUGGAGAGGAGAGAGGAGAGCGAGUGACGAGGAGGCAGCAGUGUAUGCAGAGCGGCGGCGCGGGGCGGGGCGAGCGCCGGAGGACGGGCCGCCGCGGCGCCCCGCGACCUGCCAACGGAAACUACAUAAAAAACUGCUGCAAUCUGUUCCGCGCCACGUGAAAAGUGAAACGGUGAAGGGUGACUCGCGACACAAUACCGAAGGGUUGCAUUGUGCGUGCGCGCAGCUUCACUACGACCCCCCCCCCCCCCCGCGCCUCCCUUCGUACACGUGCGCGUGCGCCAUGUAG